CAUCCGUAAGUUACCGGCCGAUAGAGGGAGAGCGCACAGGACUGGAGCCGAGGUUGGCGCUUCUAUGAGAGCAGCCGUUUUUACAGAGUCCUUCCUGGUGCUGUUCCUGUUCCUGUAAAGGGGGGAGAAGUAAGAGAAGGCUGCACCGGGCACCGGGGUUUGUACUCUUUGCCUGGGCAAGCAGAAAAGAAAAAACUUCCCUUCCCCCGACUCCACUACAUGGCAGGGAACUUCUGGCAAAGCUCGCAUUACUUGCAAUGGAUUUUGGAUAAACAAGAUCUGUUGAAGGAACGCCAAAAGGACUUAAAAUUUUUGACAGAAGAAGAAUAUUGGAAGCUGCAGAUAUUUUUUACAAAUGUUAUCCAGGCUUUAGGAGAACAUCUGAAGUUGAGACAACAAGUUAUUGCCACUGCUACUGUCUACUUCAAAAGGUUCUAUGCCAGAUACUCCCUAAAAAGUAUUGAUCCAGUACUAAUGGCUCCCACAUGUGUGUUUUUGGCAUCCAAAGUAGAGGAAUUUGGUGUGGUUUCAAAUACAAGGUUGAUAUCUGCUGCUACUUCUGUAUUGAAAACUAGGUUUUCGUAUGCCUUUCCGAAGGAAUUUCCUUAUAGGAUGAACCAUAUACUAGAAUGUGAAUUCUAUCUCUUAGAAUUAAUGGAUUGCUGUUUGAUCGUAUAUCAUCCUUAUCGACCUCUACUCCAGUAUGUGCAAGAUAUGGGCCAAGAAGAUAUGCUGCUGCCUCUUGCUUGGAGGAUAGUGAAUGACACAUAUAGAACUGAUCUUUGUCUGCUGUACCCUCCUUUCAUGAUAGCUCUAGCUUGCCUACAUGUAGCUUGUGUUGUCCAGCAAAAGGAUGCUAGACAGUGGUUUGCUGAGCUCUCUGUUGAUAUGGAGAAGAUUUUAGAAAUAAUCAGGGUUAUCUUGAAACUGUAUGAACAAUGGAAAAACUUUGAUGAAAGGAAAGAAAUGGCUACUAUUCUAAGUAAGAUGCCUAAACCCAAACCACCUCCAAACAGAAAGAACUUGAAGAAUGUUUCUGUCAAGCAUAUUGAAAACUUUUCCAUAAAUACACACCCAUUUGAAUUGUGGCACAAACACAUUUAGCACCACUUCUCAUUCUCCAAACAAGUCAGAAGCCUGGAUAAAGCUAGAAAAAACAUGAUUACCUUCAGUAUGGACAUAUUCAACACUUUUGUUGUUAAAAAAUGGUGAAGAGUUAAAGAAACUGUGUUAACAUGAAGCUGGGUGAGUAACUGGAUCUUGUCCCAAUUCUAGUUUGACCACAAGAGGUGGCUUGAAAUGUUGGAUUUGAAAUCCUGAUUUACCAGGUAUAUAUUCUAAAUGCUAGUAAAUGUCAUACAAGGAAAAUGCACUUCUUUAGUAAAUUCCUGAAAGAAAAAAAAACUCCUUAAACAAAGAGUGAUAGUUUUGCAUUCCUCAUCUGAAAUUUAAGGAGAUGCUCUUAGUCAGUACCUAUAGGUUGUAAGUAGAAAUUGAAAUCCAGUAUAUCCCAAAAAGUGCAAUAUGUAUAAUGCAAAUUGUGGCUGUUGUAGGGAGGAGUAUUUCACCCUUUACAAAUGCUGAACUAUUAAGUCUUUGUACAAACUGCAAGUCAAAUUUCUCAGUUUGAUCAGGUUGAAGAAUCUAAUCUAUUUGAGGUUGUAAUAAUGGAUGUGUGUUGUGCUAGCCUGCCUUCAUUGUUACAAAUCAUUCAUAGUAACAGGCCUUUGAGACAGCAGCAGGUACUCAGAUGAGAAUAAAUCUGACUCCAUACUAAAAUAUUUAUUACUGUAAAAAUUUAACUAGAGAGGCUUAAUUUUUUUAACCAGAGAGCCAUGUCCUGUGCUUUUUACUCAGGCAGAUCUCCCACUGUAAAUGGGACUUGGUUCAAAGCCCUUAGAUUUUAAUGAACAGUGUGCACAUUUCGUAAUGAAAUUAAUGUGUGUUAUCCUAAAACAAAGUUGAAUAAAAAUAACUACUGGA